AUGGAAAACUUGCUUGAUAGAGCACGUGGGUCUGAAAACAUAAGCAACGAAAAAGACAAAGUGAUGGAACGCAUAGACUGGCUUAACCAUCUUCGCAUGAUCUACAACAUUACCGCAGGCAUCGCCUCAGUGAAAUCCAUCGCAAAUACGAUCACAACUGAAGCAUUUCUAAACACUCUCCUCGACAACAUUUUCCGUCUGCCUCUACAAAACCGAGAAACCUACAAAAAGUCCACAAGUGUCCAAUGCAUGAGCUUUGACGACGUUUUCACCUGUUUUGAGUCAGAUUUCGGAAAGCACUUGUCAUGGGAUUACGUUAUGAACCAAACCAUACUUCUGAGUCUAAGGACAAAUUCCUUUGAAGAAGAGAUUCUGCCAGAAAGCCCUAAAAGCCUUGACUUAAAUGAACUGGUGUACAUAAGCAGGUUCAGCAAUUCUUCCCCUGAAUACGAAGAUACUGAACAAAGACCUCCAAGAGUGGGAGACUUGAGGAUUCCUCAAACCCCCAGAGGUCUUAGAAGUGACACUGGCUUCCAACAGUCUUUUCACAAUAGAGAAUUCUCAUCUGGAAGCAGGAUAAGCCAUGAUUUAACACCACCUAAUGCCAGACCACCGCUAAAAUUGCCUGAUUUUCAUGAAUCAAUUCAGAAAAUUGAAGACGAAAAAACAAUAGCCUUUUCUGAACCAAAGGACGAAAGCAGCGUAGACGAGCCUCAAAAUAGAAUUUUAGACCUAUCAGGGAAAAAGCUUACAAGUUUCAGACAUGGGUUGACGUCAUCUAUUAUAAUUCUAAGCCUUUCUAACAGGAAAUAAAAUCGCGUUUAAGGAAGAUGGAUUUCUAGGCGCACUCCUAUGGAGCAAAUAGAGCCCGUUCCAAUGAAGCUGAAAAUAGUGCCUCUGUCACUUUUUGGAGUAGGCCUUCGGGUUUGAGAUAAAGUUUCGUUUCUACCCUGAAGGUUUUCCUGUCCCGGCUUAGGCAGGACAGGUUUUGCUUCCCACUUAGUCUUUACUUAUCGGGACUAAGGGGCGUCUGCAAGAGGUGGCUCUAACCGAGGGAAAUAACCCUAGGCUAGCUAGUUUACGUAGGAUAUGGAGGCUACUUGCCUAUCCGCUUAUGAUCUUAUAACACUUAACUUAACUUUCUAACAACAGGAUCACCAAAAUCCCAAGCUUCCCUAGCACAAAUGCAUUGGAGUCUCUAGAUUUAAGCUGAAAUAUGAUAGAAAACGUCCAGGGCCUUGGAGUCUUGAAAAACCUCAAAGAACUGUAUUUAAGCCACAAUUUGAUUUCCAAGGUCUCGACGCUUUCUCAGAACGAGUGCUUAGCACUGCUUGAUUUAUCUCACAAUAAAAUCAACCAGUUCCAAUGCUUCGCAGCUUUGGCUCAGAAUAAACGCUUGCGAGUUCUCUGCGUCAUCGGCAACAAAAUUGUAAAAAACAAAGACUUCAAGCGGAACAUAGAGGCCCUUCUCCCACAAAUUAUUAUCCUAAACCCUGAAAAUGUGAUGGACCAUAGCGUGGUUUCUUCUGACCCAAAAGCUUCAGUUAGAAGCUCAAUUCAGCCAGGUGAAAAGCCAAGAUUUUCUAUGCGGCAUUCAGCUGAAAAUCCUUUUAAAUUGAUAUUCUAUUAUUACUAAUAAGUUCUUAUUAAAAAAUAGAAGCUGGGCUUACUUGUUCUAUAUGAAUUACAUUAAAUAAAAAAGCUAAAUAA